AUGGACAAGCGACCGCCGACGGCGGAGGGCUACAGGGUCCUCCGGCUUGUGCCGAAGGCGGCCGCCAUAGCCGCCGCCAAGCCCACCUCCAGCCCCCGCCGCAAGAGGUUCCCCGACCAAAAGGGCUUCUCCGGGGCUCUGGGCUCCGCCGUUCCGACGGCCGGGGACGGCUCAGAAACGCCCGAGCCCACCUCGCCGGAGGUCUCCUGCAUGGGCCAGAUCAAGGGCCGCUCGCCGGCGAGGCCUCCUGUGGCUGGGAAGCAGCGGAGGCGGCGGCGGGGGCCGCUGCAGAGGAUCGCCAGAAUCUCCGCGCAGUUGCUGGGCUUCUGCUGCGCAAGGAAAUCACCCCCCUCGCCAGCACCGGCGCCGCCGCCGCCGCUAGGAGAGAUCGCCACCUUCGGGGGAGGGCACUACGCCAUGUCUUGUCCUGGCUUCGCGGCAGACUACUUCUCCGAUGACUCGCCGGAGAUGGACUGGGAAGACGACGACGACGACGACGACGUGGGCAGGUACCGAGAAGGAGACCAUCAUCAUCGCCAUGGCGGAGACGUCCUCCUCGCCGGUGUCUGGUAUGCCGGCGACGUGGAGCCGAAGAAGGAGGUGAAUCUCUGGAAGAGGAGACCUGUCCCCCCCCCCAGACCUCUGCAACUGAGAUGA